AUGGAGGCCUCUCAGCCCACACCGGAUGAUAUACUGAAAAGACUUUCGCCGUUGGUCAUGGGAGGAGCUGGUUUCAGUUACCAACUCCAUCCUCAACCUGAGUCUCUCCCAGUCCGCCGGACUAUCAAACGAGCAUUCGAUCUCGGUCUGCGAGCGAUCGAUACGUCGCCCUACUAUGAGCCCUCCGAACAAUUAAUCGGUGCAGCCUUGCGGCAUCCCGAGAUCACAUCCUCAUACAAAAGAUGCGACUACGUUCUGAUGACAAAGGUUGGAAGAAUACGCGAGGACUACUUCGACUAUUCACCUGAUUGGAUUCGAAAGUCUGUGGCACGGUCGCUGCAACGGUUCGGCACAAGUUACCUGGACGUGGUAUUCUGCCACGAUGUUGAGUUUGUCGGCGUCGAAGAGGCUCUUCAAGCAGUGGAAACACUCUACGAACUAUCGAACUCAGGUGUUAUCCGCUGCGUGGGGAUUUCAGGCGCCAGCAUCGAUAUCCUUCAGGCUGUUGCGUCAAGGGCGUUUGCAAAUUCCGGUCGUGCCGUUGAUGUUGUUCAGAUCUGGGGCCAACUGACGCUACAGAACACCCGCCUUGAGCAAGGGGGCCUAGAUGCAUUUCGAAUAGCGGGUGUCAAAGCUGUCUGCAACUCUAGUCCGCUGGGGAUCGGACUGCUCAGAAGCGGCGGAGUGCCAGUCGGCGCCUUAGGUAACUGGCAUCCUGCGCCCCUCGGGCUGCGAGCUGUGUGCCAGGAGGCGGCAGAUUGGGUCGAGGCCGAGGGCGAUCAUUUGGCUUCUGUUGCCUUGCGGUUUUCAAUCUCAAGAGCUCAAAGGGCGUGCCGCCCUGGCUUCAACGUCACUACUAUCACCGGAAUAAUUUCUGAAUCCGACCUGGAAGACAAUGUACGAACGGCCAAACAAAUCCUCCAAAAGCCUAACACCAUGUGUUCAAAUGCAGCAAGAGAAUCCUUCGAUGAUUUGCUCUUUCAGUAUGGUCAUCUUGAUGAGGAAGCAGUUCGACGAGAUAGACCUCUUUAUGAGGGAGUGAGAAAGAUCCUGGGUCCCUGGCUUGACUAUGACUUUUUUGGGUCGCCGAAGCCGAGAACGCAGAUGCGAGCCCAGAAGGAUGAUAUGCUCGAAGUCUCGGAAUUGCGUCUUCUUGCAGGGGAAGCAACCAGCGAUGACCAAUUCAACGAGGUCGUUCAACGACACGGAGCUUCAACCACGCCAAGUUUGGAUCACAACAUCUCUGCCUUUGACUUCUCCCGCCACCCAACUGACCAUGCAGGACAAGAUCUCUCUGAGCCGUCAACCACGGAUAACUCUCAAAAUCGUCCUAACAGGCCGAGACUGGAGUCGUUCAGCACUGCGCAGUUGACCAAUGGCUUACCAGUAGAGGUGCAACCUGGACGACAUGCGCAAGCAGAAUCGUCAACCUCUCGGCCGUACAAGUGCCUAGAGUCCAUUAGGCCUUUGCUCAACAACUUGAUCAGCCCUGAGGAUGCUUGUGACUUACUCGAGUUCUACUUUGCUCAGCCGGGAAGCUCUCUUUUCAGAUCUGCUUCGCCUUAUGUGUUGACCCACGUGCUGAGGAAGGAAUCCCUACUCCAUCCAACUAAGCCCCGAGAGACUACUCCAGCACUUUUGACCACAAUGCUAUGGGUGAGCGCUCAAACGGCAGAUAUUCCACUCCUCUUGCUACCAGGAGAAAGAUCCAGGGUUUGCGAGGCGCUCCGCAAAAUAUCUACCUCUCUGCUUCAUGAUAGGGAUCGCGAUCAUUGGCAAAGAAGCCCCGGAGGGCGUCUCGUACAGCAUAGCUCUUUUUGCUACAGCACAGCGAUCGGGCACCCGAAGUACGCCGAAGAGCGACCAACGGAUCCGCCGCCCUCUUCCAUCGAUGACGUUCUAACAUUCAUCUUGAUGUGUAUCGUCAUCUCAGGAGGCGAUUUCAAAACUGAUUGCUACCUAUGGUGGUGCAAAGCGGUCAGACUGGCGCAGGCUCUGGGACUGAACCGACUAGACGCCAGCGAGGGCAGGUAUGGCUCGGGGUGUCCGACAUCAUCACAUACUUGCCAGGGGAACAAGAUUGGGAGUCAGUGCUAUGCUGCCCUAGAAGCUCAAGAAGAACGACGCCGUGUGUUCUGGCUUCUAUUCUGUCUGGAUCGACAUCUGGCGUUGGCUUUCAAUGGUACACCAAACAUCUCAGAUGACGAAUGCGACGUGUACAUUCCGUUACCCGACGACGUAUGGGAGAAUUUCGAAAACGUCCCAAGCGACCUGAUCACCGAACGAUCCCACGGACCACCUGUGCUGGUGACGGGAACGAGCUUUUUCGAAUAUUUCUUACCUCUAAUGGCUAUCAUGGGAGACGUUAUUCAUAUCCACCACCGUCGUUACCACCCGCGCUUCGGAGCUCUCGAUGACCAGAAUUCCAUAUCCAUGGUAGAAGAACUAUUUGCGAACUGUGCACAGAGCAUCAGUGAACUCGAGAACCGAUACGACACAGAAGAGCUGAACGGCGCAAUUCCGGCAAGCGAGUUCCUCACGCCGAAUUCGGGAUUCCAAGAAAGUCCUCUCAACCACGCGGUGGGGACGUCGGCAGGACGCCGCCCCAAAAGCCGUGCACUGGCACAACUGGUCUCGUCGUACAGCACUUUCAUCUUGCACGUACUCCACGUCCUGUUGUACGGCAAAUGGGACGCCGUGUCUAUGCUGGAGAACGAGGACGGAUGGAUCACAUCUGUGCCUUUUAUGAAAUGCGCCUCGCAUGCCAUUGCAGCUUCGGAAGCCGUUUCUCAAAUCCUCAAAUGCGAUCCGGAACUCACUUUCAUGCCGUACCUAUUCGGGAUCUACCUACUUCAUGGAAGCUUCAUUUUGUUGCUUUUCGCCGACCGUAUGCCCCAGAUUGGGGCGAACGAGUCUGUUGAAAAGGCCUGUGAGACGAUUAUCAGGGCCCAUGAAGUCUGCGUAGUUACCUUGAGCACCGAGUUCCAGAAAAGGUUCCGCAAAGUGCUACGUUCCACAUUGUAUAGUGUCCGAAGUGCCAGGACUACAAAUGCGGAAGAGAGCCGUGUACGGCGUAGGGUGUUGUCGUUGUAUCGAUGGACCAAGGGUUCGAGAGGACUGGGGCUCUGA